GGAUAGCCAUGAUUAUCAGGCCAAGGGCCACGCUGGGGGGCAGCCACCUGUUAACAUAAAAGCCGAAGCAUGCCGGUUAUCCAACUGAUGUCUUUCGCCUCGCAGACAACGAUGGAAGGACAGUACGAAGACCCCAGCCAGUUCCUGGAAGGACUCGAGUACCUCCAGCAAUAUGAUCCACUCUGUGAUCCUGGCAUCGACCCUACACUCCUCCUCUCAGACUCCACAGAAAUGUUGAACUUUUUCCCUCCCUUACCAUCCUUGGAUGGUUCAACCGGCGAAGCCGAGGCGCACGCUUCUGACAAAGAACUGCAAGAUAUCCGAGCCCAAUGUGAUGCUUUGAAGAAGGAGUACGUACCCUCGUGUAAAGGUCUGCGCUCCACUGGUUCUAACUGACUCGCAGGAUAGAAACUUUGAAAGGGUAUGAACCCCGCUUCACCCCACCUUCACACAACACACUUCAAGCUAAGAAAUCGCAGCACAUUGGACUAUCUACGGACUUACCUAGCCAGCAUGCAUCCCUGGAUGCUGGAAGUGACGGAUGCAUUGGACAAACUCGGGCAGGCACCUCAAUCUGCGACGGAGUUGGAGUUCCCCGAGAAGGGGAUUUAAGUACGCUGGCAAAGCGCUUCCAAUUUGUAUAUCUUCAGUUUUGUAGCUUCUUUGGACUUCUUCUGCUUCGUCUCUUACCUCAGGAAUUAUCAUAUUGUUCACAUGUUCUCUAUCUACUUAGACAGCUGUCAAGAUGUUGAUAUUAG